UUUUUCUCUUCAAUUUAUACCGGUUACCAUGUGCAGUCCUCUGUACUAUGUCUAAGCUUCUUCUGCUAUUAGAGUUGUCUCUACAAGUACUAAACAUCCUACUCUCGAAUCUUAAAUUCCUCUCUUCUUUCUAUUCGCAUGUAAAUCAAGUUAUUUUAUUUUCGCGUCUGAAAGUGUUUGAUUCUCUAAUGGCCAUUGAAGAUGACGUGGAGAGUUGCGGUAGCAGAGUUGCGGAGUCGCUUUCACAGUCAAAUCCUCGGCACCACAGACAGAAGCUGGAGGUGUAUAACGAGGUGCUUAGGCGAAUCCAGGAGUCCAAUUACGAGGAGGCGAAUCUGCCUGGGUUUGAUGAUCAGCUCUGGCUUCACUUCAAUCGCCUCCCUGCUCGGUACGCACUUGAUGUAAACGUUGAGAGAGCAGAAGAUGUUCUCACGCAUAAGAGAUUACUACUUUUGGCAGAAGACCCUGCUAAGGGACCUGCUUUUGAAGUUCGUUCAGUGCAGGUUUAUCCUGUUUUCAAUGGAAAUUAUGUUGAUUCUUCCCAUUCAGAUUCAUUAAUGAAAGAGGAUGCACAAAGUUCUUACCAUUCAGGCAGACAAGGCAUACAUGCACCGCCGACUUUUGGUUCAUCAUCUAAUCUUGAAGUACUUACACAUGCAAAUAGAUAUCAUAUUGACGGUGGUGAUGGUGCUGAAAACUUGACAUUGCAUCUAUCCCGGCCCAUGCAUGAGAUAACCUUUUCGACAGUUGACAAGCCAAAACUCCUAAGUCAGUUGACUUCUGUGCUUGCUGAGAUUGGGCUGAAUAUUCAAGAGGCUCAUGCUUUUUCUACUGUUGAUGGAUUCUCUCUGGAUGUGUUUGUUGUCGAUGGUUGGCCUCAUGAGGAGGUAGAGGAUCUCAAAAAUGCAUUGGAAAAGGAGAUCUCGAAAUUGAAGGAGCAAUGUUGGAAAUACUCUUUGUUAUUGCAUGUAAAUGUUUUACACUAGUCUUGACAAUAUCAUUUGCCAUGAUAUGGCCUCAAUAUUCUGCUUUGGACUAUCUUUACAGAUGUUUGGACGUGAAGCUGUGAAGCAAUUGGACUAUAUAGAAUGUUUUCCUAAUGGAUAUAAAACUGGGAUUAAAAUGGAUAAGGCAUGCUUAAAUUCUGGAAUUGAAGGGUUCCCAACAUGGGUGAUCAAUGGUCAGGUUCUGAGUGGAGAGCUAGAAUUGACACAACUUGCAGAGAUUUCUGGUUUCAAGGAGUCAGCCAACUAAGCUUUCUGUGGUAGCUUCUAUAUAGAUUUUGUUUGGAGUGAUACAUGUGGCCCUUGGCCCGGGUGUGCACUUAUUCUCCAUUUAUCUUAAGCAGUACGCUGUGUUUAGAGGACGCAAUGAAGGAGGUUACGAAAUUGCAGGUUUGGUUUAUCUUUGAACCCGAAUAGAAGAAAAAAUGUCCCAAGAAAAAACUCUGUAGAUGACAUACAUAACUUUGGAGAGGUAAAACUUUUGUAAAUUGGUAGUUACUUGGUCUCUAUAAAUCAUUUUGUUUUGGAUCUACACAAAUUAUUGCCUGAUUUAGAACUAUUUUUAUUGUUCUGUGAAUAAUGCUAAGUGACAAACAGUUACACAAAUUUAUAUGCGAAUUCAGAGUCUGCUUGGGGGUAUUCCGUACGUGAACUAAACCAGCCAAUUAAUCUUAUCUGCAUCAGUUAUCAGCUAAUGUUUGGAGCUGAGUUAUUGUAAAA